AUGGUUGACACCGCUGCAAUUGUUGUUGCUGUUCUCGCGCUAUUGGGCACCAUCAUACAAGCGGUCAUUGGUGGUUGGAUUGGUUAUCACUCAGAGGAAAGAAAACAACAGGACCAGCACCGACAGACUGUUGCCAAGUACCGCUACCCUCUUUCUAGAGCAGCAGAGGACCUCUCGCACAAGCUUCUUAACAUUGUCAGCCACAACUUUGCUUCACUUUACGCUUCCGAGGACUCUCCCGAACGACAAAGGUCUUAUGCAACUCUCCACACAUCCUACGUUAUCGGACAAUUCUUUUCCUGGGCUCAAAUUCUCUAUCAGGAAACACAAUUUCUUACCCCACCUCAUGGCGACUUUGAUAGCAGAGAAACCAACAGGAUUCUGAAGGAGAUCCGCAUGACCCUUCUCACUGAUACAGGCUCUUCACCCUUCAUGCUAUGGUCGGGUGAGCAACGUGCCAUCAGUGAGAUCAUGAUCGUGCGAGACCCCCAGGAGGACGGUGGACAAGCACGUUGCAUGGGGUAUGCAACAUUCUGUCAACAAUGGAAAGCGGACGAGCAGUUCAGGGCUUGGUUUGCUCCUGUCGAAGAAGGGUUGGCCGUCCUUAGCGCCAACCCCAAAAAUGCCGAUAUGGAACGGUUGCAGUCCUUGCAACACCUGCUUGUCGAUCUGUUGCAACACCUGGCGCACUAUCACCUUUUGACCACUGAUAAAGUUUCUCGUUGCCGCGUGGCUCCUGUUUGGUGUCGCUGCAGGCAAUGCAAAGUCAAACCCAAACUGGGACUCUAA